AUGACAAAGCUGAGCCCCACAACAGAGGAGAGUAUACACACUCAAGAUUUGCAGUUGGAUGAGCUCAUUCCCAGGAAAGUUCAAAGCCUAUGUACUGUCCGCUAUGGAAUGGCUUACAUUUUACAUAUCUGCAACUUCAUUUUGAUGACACAUGCCACUAUCAUAAAUAUUACCAUGGUAGCCAUGGUCAAUGGCACAACUCAUCAAUCUCAGGUCAACAUCUCUUCUGAAGAACUUCUUGUGAACUCAUCUGAUGACCCACAUGGACCUUCAGAGAGUCUUCCUGCACGGGUCCCUGUGUAUAAUUGGAGUCCUCAAAUCCAGGGAAUCAUCUUUAGUUCUUCCAACUAUGGCAUGUUAUUAACUCUGGCUCCCAGUGGAUAUUUGGCUGGAAGAGUAGGAACAAAGCUGGUGGUUGGUGUUGCUUUGUUUGGAUCUUCAGUUACGACUCUUUGUAACCCUCUGGCAGCUAAUCUUGGACUCGUUUUUCUUAUUGUAAUUCGAAUAGUCCAGGGCAUAUGCCAGGGAUCAGCACUUGGGGGUCAGUACGCACUUUGGGAAAAAUGGUGUCCUCCACAAGAACGAAGCAGUAUCUGCACCAUAGCAACAGCAGGAUUGGCACUUGGACCCUUUGUGGCUGUCCUCUCAGGUGGCUUCAUUAGUCAAGUUCUUGGGUGGCCUUUUGCCUUUUACAUCUUUGGGGCUAUUGGCUGUGUUUUCACUCUUCUCUGGAUUUUUCUGCUUUAUAAUGACCCCAUUUCUCACCCAUGGAUAAACAACUCAGAGAAGGAAUACAUCAUAUCUUCCUUGGCACAACAGGUCAGCUCUUCCAGGCUGCCUCUUCCCGUCAAAGCUAUGGCCAGAUCUCUACCCCUUUGGUCCUUGCUUAUUUGCAGUUUCACCCACCAGUGGUUAGCUACCCUAUUAGUUAUAUAUAUACCAACUUAUAUCAGUUUUGCAUACAAUAUUAACAUCAGAGACAAUGGGCUUCUGUCUUCCCUUCCUUAUAUUGUUGCCUGGCUAUUCAUUAUCCUAGGAGGCCAAUUGGCAGAUUUCCUUCUAACUAAGAAUUUUAAGCUGAAUACAGUGAGGAAGAUUAUCACACUUAUGGGAGUUCUUCCCUCUUCAAUACUCAUUGCUACCCUGCCCUACCUCAGAUCCAGCUACAUUGCAACAAUAACCUCCCUGACCAUCUCUUGUGCAUUAACUGCCUUAUGUCAUGCAGGGAUUUUUAUCAAUGUCUUAGAUAUUGCUCCAAGCCAUUCCAGUUUCCUUAUGGGAGUUACAAGGGGAUCUGGACAGAUAUCAGCUAUCCUAGUAUCCACUGUCGUUGGACUUUUUCUUAGUCAGGACCCUGAAUUUGGGUGGAGGAAUAUCUUCUUUUUGAUAUUUGCCGUAAAUGUGUUAGGAUUGCUCUUCUAUCUCAUAUAUGGAGAAGCAGAUAUUCAGGAAUGGGCUAAAGAACGAAAACUCACUCAUUUAUGA